AUGGGUGAUGCUUCAGAGACCUACCCCCUUGCCCGUGAUAGCGCGGAGUCAGCCCGAAUCUGGCUCCUCGAAGCCCGCGACCUCCUAAGCUCUAGAGUACCCAACCAGGAGCCCAAGACCUUCCAUGGCUUCGAUAUCUCCGCUGCGCAGUUUCCCGGGUCCCCACCUGAGGGCGUCUCGUUCUCGUGCCAGGAUAUCCUUAAGCCGUUCCCGCCUGAGUAUCAUAGAAAGUACGACCUAGUGCAUGUGAGGCUACUUGUCACGGCAUUUCCGGAAAAAGAGUACGAGACGGCUGUGAGGAAUCUGGUGGAGAUUUUGAAGCCGGGCGGCUUCAUCCAGUGGACGGACCUGAACGGCUCUUUUCUCGCUUCCCCGUCUAGCACCGAGCUAUCUGACCCGCGCUCCUCGUUCCUCGUGUCCACGUGGCUGGGAUUCAUCGAAUCACAGAGUCUAGCUCUUGACGCACCCGCGUCUCUCGCAGAGGUGUUUAAGAAAGCCGGUUUGGCUGACGUCAGGAAUACUGGGUACGCGCAGCACGACCUUAGCCAGGCGCUGAAACUCCGCGCCCAAGAGUGGCAGGCUGACUCUUUUGGUGCCGUUGUUAAGCGGCUGUUGAUAAAAAAUGGUGAUAUGGAGGCGGACGCAAAAAGGAAGGUGGAGGCGGAGGUUGCGAAGUUACGGAAGUAUUUCGAGGACACGGGGGAGGUCCUGGGGAUAAGGUUCGGGGUUGUUGUUGGAAGAAAGACUGCUUGA